UCUUACACUCAGAAGCGCCGGCCGCGGAGGUUUUUGUACAGUUUCCUGGGAUCCAGCCCGGCAGGAUGGCCGAUGAAGGAGCCGUCGCCGUCUGCGUGCGGGUUCGGCCGCUCAACAGCAGAGAAGAGGCGCUUGGAAAAGAUACUCAAGUUUACUGGAAAACUGACAAUAAUACAAUUUAUCAAGUCGAUGGGAGUAAAUCCUUCAAUUUUGAUCGUGUCUUUCAUAGUAAUGAAACUACUAAACAUGUGUAUGAAGAAAUAGCAGUACCAAUCAUAGAUUCUGCCAUACAAGGCUACAAUGGUACUAUAUUUGCCUAUGGGCAGACUGCAUCAGGAAAAACGUAUACUAUGUUGGGGUCACAAGAUUAUUUGGGAGUAAUACCCAGGGCAAUUCAUGACAUUUUCCAAAAAAUUAAGAAGUUUCCUGAUAGGGAAUUUCUUUUACGUGUGUCUUACAUGGAGAUAUACAAUGAAACCAUUACAGACUUACUCUGUCACACUGAAAAAAUGAAGCCUUUAAUAAUUCGGGAAGACUUCAAUAGGAAUGUGUAUGUGGCUGAUCUCACAGAAGAAGUUGUUUAUACAUCAGAAAUGGCUUUGAAGUGGAUCACAAAAGGAGAAAAGAACAGGCAUUAUGGAAUUACAAAAAUGAAUCAAAGAAGUAGUCGUUCUCAUACCAUUUUUAGGAUGAUUUUGGAAAGUAGAGAGAAAGGUGAACCUUCUAAUUUUGAAGGAUCUGUCAAGGUGUCCCAUUUGAAUUUGGUUGAUCUUGCUGGCAGUGAAAGAGCUGCUCAAACAGGUGCUGAAGGUUUGCGACUCAAAGAAGGCUGUAAUAUAAAUCGAAGCUUAUUUAUUUUGGGACAAGUGAUCAAGAAACUUAGUGAUGGACAAGUUGGUGGUUUCAUAAAUUAUCGAGAUAGCAAAUUAACACGAAUUCUCCAGAAUUCCUUGGGAGGAAAUGCAAAAACACGUAUUAUCUGCACAAUUACUCCGGUGUCUUUUGAUGAAACUCUUACUACUCUCCAGUUUGCCAGCACUGCUAAAUAUAUGAAGAAUACUCCUUAUGUUAAUGAGGUAUCAAGUGAUGAAGCUCUCCUGAAAAGAUACAGAAAAGAAAUAAUGGAUCUCAAAAAGCAAUUAGAGGAGGUUUCUUUAGAGACUCGGGCCCAGGCAAUGGAAAAAGACCAAAUGGCACAACUUUUGGAAGAAAAAGAUCUACUUCAAAAAGUGCAGAUUGAGAAAAUUCAAAACUUAACACGGAUGCUGGUGACCUCUUCUUCCCUCACAUUACAACAGGAAUUAAAGGCUAAAAAAAAACGAAGAGUCACUUGGUGCCUUGGCAAAAUUAACAAAAUGAAGGACUCAAACUAUGUAAAUGAAUUUAAUAUGCCAGUGAAUGUAACAACAAAAACACAUAAGGCUGCUGUAACUUUAGGAGAAAUUGAUGAAUCUCUCUGUUCAGAGUCUGAUAUUUUCAGUAACACUCUUGAUACAUUAACUGAGAUAGAGUGGAAUCCAGCAACAAAGCUACUAAGUCAGGAAAACUUAGAAAGUGAAUUGAGUUCACUUCGUGCUAACUAUGAUAAUCUGGUGUUAGACUAUGAACAACUAAGAAGAGAAAAUGAAGAAAUAGAAUUGAAAUUAAAAGAAAAGAAUGAUUUGGAUGAAUUUGAGGCUCUAGAAAGAAAAGCAGAGAAAGAUCAAGAGAUGCAACUAAUUCAUGAAAUUUCCAACUUAAAGAAUUUAGUUAAGCAUGCAGAAGUGUAUAAUCAAGAUCUUGAGGAUGAACUAAGUUCAAAAGUAGAGCUGCUUAGAGAAAAGGAAGACCAGAUUAAGAAGCUACAGAAAUACAUAGACUCUCAGAAGUCAGAAAGUAUGGAAAUGGACUUGUCAUACUCAUCGGAAAAUACUGAAGACUUAAAACAAAUGAAACAGACUCUGCUUGAUGCUGAAACUGUAGCUCUUGAUGCCAAGAGAGAAUCAGCCUUUCUUAGAAGUGAAAAUCUAAAGCUGAAAGAAAAAAUGAAAGAACUUGCAAGUACGUGCAAGCACAUGGAAAAUGAUAUUGAGUUAUAUCAAAGCCAGUUGGUGGCGAAAAAGAAAAUGCAAGUUGAUCUGGAGAAAGAAUUACAAUCUUCUUUUAAUGAAAUAACAAAACUCACCUCCCUUAUAGAUGGCAAAGUUCCAAAAGAUUUGCUCUCUAAUAUGGAAUUGGAAAGGAAAAUUACCCAUCUCCAGAAAGAACUGAAUAAGGAAGUCGAAGAAAAUGAAGCUUUGCGCAAAGAAGUUAAUUUGCUCUCAGAAUUGAAAUCUUUACCUUCAGAAGUAGAAAUGCUAAGGAAGGAGAUACAUGAUAAAUCUGAAGAGCUCUGUAUAAUAACAUCAGAAAAAGAUAAAUUGUUUUCUGAAGUAGCUCAUAAGGAAAGUAGAAUUCAAGAUUUACUUGAAGAAAUUGGGAAAACUAAAAAUGACCUAGCAACUUCCCAGUUGAAUUAUGAAAGCACUGAUCAAGAAUUCCAAGAUGUUAAAAAUCAUCAUAUUGAAUUUGAGCAAAAGUAUAAGAUGGUCCUUGAAGAGAAUGCAAAAUUGAAACAGGAAAUAGAAAAUCUCUCUAAAGAAACUCCAGAACUUGGUUUAAAUUUGGAUGCUUUGAAGACAGAGCUCUCUCACAAAACCCAAGAACUUCAGCAGAAAACAACUGAGAAUCAAAAAAGGUUAAAAGAAGUGGAAGAGCUGAAGGAACAAUUAGAAAGUAGAGAUUCUAGGCUGCACACUGUAGAAAAGGAGAAAACACUGCUUACCGAGAAACUUCAACAAACCUUAGUAGAAGUAAAAACCUUAACCCAAGAAAAGGAUGAUCAAAAACAACUCCAAGAGAGCCUGCAAAUUGAGAGGGACCAACUCAAAAAUGACAUUCAGGAUACUAUAAACAUGAAUAUAGACACCCAGGAACAACUACGAAAUGCUCUUGAGUCUUUGAAACAACACCAAGAAACAAUUAACACACUAAAAAUGAAAAUUUCUGAAGAAACUUCCAAGAAUUUGCAUAUAGAGGAAAACUUAGGAGAAACUAAGGAUGAAUUUCAGGAGAAGAUGGUUGGCAUAGAUAAAAAACAAAAUUUGGAAGCCAAAAACACCCAAGCACUGAUUGCAGAUGUUGAGGAUAAUGAGCUAAUUGAGCAACAGAGAAAGAUAUUUUCUUUAACACAGGAGAAAAAUGAACUGCAACAAAUGUUAGAGAGUAUUACAGCAGAAAAGGAACAACUGAAGACUGACCUAAGGGAAAGCAUUGAAAUGACCAUUGAAAACCAGGAAGAAUUAAGAAUUCUUAGGAAUGAACUUAAAAAGCAACAAGAGAUAGUUGCACAAGAAAAGAGCCAUACCAUAAAGAAAGAAGAAGAACUUUCUAGGACCUGUGAAAAACUGGCAGAAGUUGAAGAAAAGCUGAAGGAAAAGAGCCAACAACUCCAAGAAAAACAGCAACAACUUCUUAGUGUACAAGGAGAGAUGACCGAGAUUCAGAAAAAGAUGAAUGAAAUGGAAAAUUUAAAGAAUGAACUAAAGAACCAAGAAUUAACAUUGGAACGUAUAAAAAUUGAGAGGCUAGAGUUGGUUCAGAAACUUGAUGAAACUUAUGAGGAAAUGAAAUUCAUAACCAAAGAAAGAAAUGAUCUAAAGGAAUUACAGGAGUCAUUUGAAAUAGAAAGAAAUAAGCUUAAAGGACACAUAAGAGAAAUCGAAGCUACAGGUCUAGAAACAAAAGAAGAACUAAAAGUUGCCCACAUGCUUCUAAAAGAGCACCAAGAAACUGUUGAAGAACUAAGAAGAAACAUUUGUGAGAAGACAGCUCAAAUAAUAAAUAUUCAGAAGAACUUAGAAAAAUCCAAUACUGAAUUGCAAGAAAAGAUCCCAGUGCUUCAUGAGGAACAGGAGCUACUUCCUAAUGUGAAAGAAGUCAGUGAUAUUCAGGAAACAAUGGAUGAACCAGAGCUAUUGAAAGAACAGUCCAAAACCAAGGAUUCAAAAACACUGGCAAGUGUAGAAAUGGAAAGUCUCAGGUUGACUGAAAAACUGCAAGGAAGUCACAAAGAAAUAAAAUCUCUCACUAAGGAAAGAAACGAUCUUAAAAUGACAAAAGAAGCACUUCAGGUUGAAUGUGACCAACUGAAAGAAGAAAUUAGAGAAACUUUGACUAAAAUUCAAGCAUCUCAAGAGGAACAGUCCUUCCAUAUGAAAGAAAAAGACAAUGAGACUAAGAAAAUAAUGAGUGAGAUGGAGCAAUUGAAGGAGCAAUUCAAAGUCAAAGACUCAGCACUACUAAGACUAGAAAUGGAAAAGCUUGAGUGGUCUGAGAGACUUCAAGAAAGUCAUGAUGAAGUGAAAUCUAUAGCUAAGGAGAGAGAUGACCUACAGAGGCUACAAGAAGUUCUUCAAUCUGAAAGGAACCAACUCCAAGAAAACAUAAAAGAAAUGGUAGCUAAACACCUAGAAACCAAAGAGGAACUUGAAGUUGCUCAUUGUCACCUAAAAGAACAGGAGGAAACUAUUGGUAAAUUGAGAGUGGAUCUUUCACAGAAGGAAACUGAAAUAUCAAGCAUUCAACAAGAAUUAGAAACAACAAAUGAUGAAUUACAGAAAAAGACCCAAGAGCUUCAUGAGAAACAGAAACAAUUUAUUACCAUAAAAGAAAUCAGUGAAACUCAGGAAAAAAUGAGUGAACUGGAACAGUUAAAGGAACAUCUCAAAGCCAAAGAUUCAUCACUACAAAGAAUAGAAAGCGAGAGGCUCAAGUUGACUGAGAAACUUCAGGCAAGUCAAGAAGAAAUAAAAACCAUAAUUAAGGAAAGAGAUGAUCUGGAAAGGGUGCAGAAAAUCCUUCAAAAGGAAAGAGACCAACUCAAAGAAAACAUUAAAGAAAUUGUAGCUGAAGGACAGAAAAUCAAAGAGGAACUAAAAGCUACUCACAUUCUUCUGAAGGAGUAUCAAGAAACCAUUAAUACAAGGAAAAGUUCAGAGAAGACAGAUCAAGGAGCAAAUAUUCAGAGAGACUUAGAAAUUUCAGAUGCUGAAUUACAGGCAAAGAUUCAAGAACUUCAACAAGAAGAACAUCAACUUCUUCAGAUGAAAGAUGUUAGUGAGACUCAGGAAAAAAUAUGUGAAAUGGGAAACUUGAAGAAGCAACUUGAGGCCCAAAAGUCAACCCUGGAAAAUACAGAAUUGGAGAACAUAAGGUUAACUCAGAGACUCCAUGAAAAUCUUGAAGAAAUAAGAUCUGUUACAAAAGAAAGAGAUGACCUUAGGAGUGUGGAGGAGACUCUCAAAGUAGAGAUAGACCAGCUCAAGGAAAACCUAAGAGAAACCACAAGUAGAGACUUGGAAAAACAAGAGGAACUAAGAAUUGCCCAAAUGAAUCUGAAAGAGCACCAAGAAACUAUCGAUAAACUCAGAGGAAUUGUUUCAGAGAAGACAGAUGAAAUAUCAAAUAUUCAAAAGGCUUUAGAAAACACAAAUACUGCCUUAAAAGCACAGAUCCAAGAACUUCAGGAGAAGGAACGUCAACUUCUUAAGGUAAAAAAUGAUCUCAGGGAAAAUACAUAUCAAACAGAGCAGUUGAAGAAGCAAUUAGAGGCCCAGAAUUCAACCCUGGAAAGCAUAGAAACAGAGAAGUUAAGGUUGACUCAGAAACUUCAAGAAAACCUUGAAGAAAUAAAAUCUGUUACUAAGGAAAGAGAUGACCUAAGAAGAGUGGAGGGGACCCUCAAAAUGGAGCAAGACCAGCUCAGUGAAAUCCUCAGAGAAACAAAAGCUAAAGACCUUGGAAAACAAGAGGAACUAAGAAUUGCUCACAUGCAUCUGAAAGAGCACCAGGAAAUUAUUGAUAAACUCAGAAGGGUUGUUUGUGAGAAGACAGAAGAAAUAUCAAAUAUACAAUUGGAUUUAGAAAAUUCAAAUGCUAAAUUACAAGAAAAGGUCCAAGAACUUAAAGCAAAUGAACAUCAACUUUUUAAGUUAAAAGAAGAGGUUAGUGAGACACAGAAAAAAAUGUGUGGCAUAGAGCGACUGAAGAAAGAAUUCAAGGCCCAAAGUUUAACUUUGGAUAAAAUAGAAAUGGAGAACUUAAAUUUGGCUCAGAAACUUCAUGAAAACCUUGAAGAAAUGAAAUCUGUAAUGAAAGAAAGAGAUAACCUAAGGAGAGUAGAAGAGACUCUGAAACUGGAAAGGGACCUACUCAAGGCAGACCUGCAAGAAGCCAUAGCUAGAGAUCUGGAAACACAAGAGCAACUAAAAAUUGCCCAUAUGCAUUUGAAAGAACACCAAGAAACUAUUGAUAAAUUCAGAGAGAGAGUUUCAGAAAAGACAUCUCAGAUUUCAAAUAUUCAGAAGGAUUUAAAUAAAUCAAAAGACAAAUUACUGAGAAAGAUACCAGAACUUCAGAGAAAAGAGCUUCAACUUCUUAGAAUGGAAGAUGUCAAUAAAAUUCAUAAAAAACAGAAUCAACAGAACCACGAAGAGGUAGUAAAAUAUGAAAAUAAAUUACUGUGUGAUGGAAACCAACACCUUAUAGACAGCCUGAGAGAAAAGUGCUUCAGGAUAAAAGAGCUUCUUAAGAGAUACUCAGAGAUGGAUAAUCAUUAUGAGUGCUUAAAUAGAUUGUCUCUUGACUUGAAGAAGGAAAUCGAAACACAAAAAGAGCUUUCAAUUAGAGUAAAAGCAAACCUCUCACUUCCAUGUCCACAAAGCAAGCAAAUUCAAAAACUUCUCACUGCAAACCAAAGAUGUUCCAUGGAAUUUCAUAGAGUCAUGAAGAAACUUCAGUAUGUGUUAAGCCAUGUUACAAAGAUAAAGGAAGAACAACAUGAAUCCAUCAAUAAACUUGAAGUGGCUUUUAUUGAUGAAGUGGAAAAGCAAAAUGAACUGCUAAUUAAAAUACAGCACCUUCAACAAGAUUAUGAUGUGCCGCCCAAAGAAUUAAGGGACCUCAAAUUGAGCCAGAGUAUGGAUCUGCAUAUUAAGGAAAUUCUCAAGGAUUUUUCAGAAAGUGAUUGCCAUAGCAUAGAGACUGAAUUUCAGCAAGUACUAAGUAAUAGAAAAGAAAUGACCCGGUUUUUGGAAGAGUGGUUGAAUGCUCAUUUUGAUAUAGAAAAGCUUAAAAAUGGCAUCCAGAAAGAAACUGAUAGUAUUUUUCAAGUGAAUAACUUCUAUAAUAACAAAAUAAUUACUAUAAUGAAUGAAUCAACAGAAUUUGAAGAAAGAAAUGCCACCAUAGCCAAAGAAUGGGAACAUGAUCUGAAAUCAAUGAGAGAGAACAAUGAAAAACUGUUUAAAAUCUACCAAACUUUGAAGAUCUCCCUGACCUCUGGUGCCCUUGUUAAUCCUACUACACAAGACAAUAAGAAUCUUCGUGUUACAUCAAGAACUACACAACAAGCCACAGAGAAAACUCAAGAGCUGGAAACGUCACUCCAUGAAGCUAAAGAAAGCGCUAUGCAUGAGGAAGGCAAGAUUAUAAAGAUGCAGAAAGAACUUGAGAUGACUAAUGACAUAAUAAAAAAACUUCAAGGGCAAGUUAAUGAAUCAAAUGAUUGCCUUGAAAAAACAAAAGAAAUGAUCCAAGUACUUCAGGACAAAGUUGCUUUAGGAGCUAAGCCCUAUAAAGAAGAAAUUGAAGAGCUCAAAACAAAGCUGGUGAAAAUAGACCUAGAGAAGAUGAAAAAUGCCAAGGAUUUUGAAAAGGAAAUCGCUUCAACAAAAGCCACUGUGGAAUAUCAAAAAGAAGUUAUAAGGCUGUUGAGAGAAAAUCUUAGAAGAAAUCAACAGGCCCAAGAUACCUCAAUGGUAUCAGAACAUGCUGAUCCUCAGCCUUCAAAUAAACCCUUCACCUGUGGAGGUGGCAGUGGCAUUGUACAAAGCACGAAAGCUCUUAUCCUGAAGAGUGAGCAUAUACGGCUGGAAAAGGAAGUUUCCAAACUAAAGCAGCAAAAUGAACAGCUAAUAAAGCAAAAGAAUGAGCUGUUAAGCAAUAAUCAGCAUCUUUCCAAUGAGGUCAAAACGUGGAAGGAGAGAACCCUUAAAAGAGAGGCUCACAAAGAAGUAACUUGUGAGAAUUCUCCAAAGUCUCCUAAAGUGACUGGAACAGCCUCUAAAAAGAGACAACAUAUGUCAUCUCAGUGCAAGGAACGGAAUUUACAAGAUCCUGUGCUAAAGGAAUCGCCAAAAUCUUGGUUUUUUGAUAGCCGAUCAAAGUCUUUGCCAGUACCUCCUCCAGUUCACUAUUUUGAUAACUCAAAUUUAGGCCUUUGCCCAGAACAAAUUGCUGGAGCAGAGACUGUGGAUCCCCAGCCAGGUCCUUGGCAUGCCUCCUCUGGAAAAGAUGUGCCCGAGUGCAAGACUCAGUAGAUUCCUCUCUGUCACUUUUCUGGGGGCCCAGCGUUCCAUGUUUGAAAAUGCCUGUGUUUAUCCCUGGCAAUGAUGUCACAGUCCAACUUAAUUUCAGUUCAGUUUUCACUUUGCCGGUAGAAUUGGAAGGUGAAGGAACGGGAUUCAUUCCCGUUAUUUAGAAUGGUGAUAGCAAUACCUUCUUCUUGAAUGUGGUAAUCCUUUAGAAGUUGAAUAGUUUUAUUUAUUUAUAUGUUUUGUAAAGAAUAAACGUUAUUGAAGGAAAUUUCCAAUCUUUCCAUGUAUACAUAAAAUGUAUACUUUUUCAUUAAUGUAAAGUUAUCCACAUGUGACGUAGAGAACUCCAAAGCAUGAUUCAUAAAUUAAUAUGAAAUAUCAUUUAAUUAACAAAAUUACAGACUCCCUUUUUAGUACCUUGGACAUUCAAUAAACGUUUGCUUAGUUCUGAAUGAC